GCGAGCUUUUUCUGCAGAAUGCGGGAGGCCGCCGCGGAAAAGGGGGCGGAGGCAGAGGCGGAGGCGGCACCCAGAGGCCGGGGCAGGGGAGGCCGGGACCAUCGCAGUGGCAAUUUCUUCUCCUGCGGCGGCAGCAGGGAAGGCUGCUGCAGGCUCGGGAUCGACCGGCCUGCGCGUGGGUGUGCGAGAGCGGUGUUUUCUCCCUGCGCUGAGGAGCCACGCAACAAAGGGAAGAAGGAGGAGAACAACGCACGCAGCCAGAGCGAGUGGAACUAGCUAAGCUCCAUCGGUCCAUAGAGGAGAACGGGAGGAGGCACAGCCGGAGCGAGCGGGCACCUCCACGCUGUGUGCCGUAGCACCCGGCUGCAGUGCCUUCUAGCAAAAGCCAGCGCAGCCGGAGCUGCAGCGGCCAGACGGAUGCCAAGGCCACACGGCAGGCGCGGGGACAGCCGCUGCAGUUGCCGCCCCACGCGGGCUCCGGACAUCAGGGGUUGCUGAUUCUUCUGGGCCACUGUAUUUCUGGUUAGAAUAAAGUAACAUGAUAAAGUGAUUGAGAAGACAGAGUGAACACCUUCAUUUUGUAGACAGGACAACAUGGAUCAGCCAUUUACUGUGAAUUCUCUGAAAAAGUUGGCGGCCAUGCCUGACCAUACGGAUGUUUCUCUGAGCCCAGAGGAGCGCGUCCGUGCCCUCAGAAAGCUUGGCUGUAAUAUCACCAUCAGUGAAGAUAUUACUCCGCGCCGCUACUUCAGGUCCGGAGUGGAAAUGGAGAGGAUGGCCUCUGUGUAUCUGGAAGAAGGAAACUUGGAAAAUGCCUUUGUUCUUUAUAAUAAAUUUAUAACCUUGUUUGUAGAACAGCUUCCUGGCCAUCGAGAUUACCAGCAAUGUGCAGUGCCCGAAAAGCAGGACAUUAUGCAGAAACUGAAGGAGAUUGCCUUCCCAAGGACAGAUGAAUUGAAAAAGGACCUUUUAAAGAAAUAUAACGUAGAAUACCAAGAAUAUUUGCAAAGCAAAAACAAAUAUAAAGCCGAAAUUCUCAAAAAACUGGAGCAACAGAGAUUGAUAGAGGCAGAAAGGAAGCGGAUCGCUCAGAUGCGCCAACAGCAGCUAGAAACAGAGCAGUUUCUGUUUUUUGAAGAUCAGCUCAAGAAGCAAGAAUUAGCCCGAGGUCAGAUGCGAAGCCAGGAAACCCCAGCGCUGUCUGAGCAGAUUGAUGGGAGUGCUUUGUCCUGCUUUUCCACACACCAGAACAAUUCCUUGCUGAAUGUAUUUGCCGAUCAACCUAGUAAAAGUGAUGCCACUAAUUACGCUAGUCAUUCUCCUCCCGUCAACAGGGCCUUAAAGCCAGCUGCUACCCUAAGUGCUGUUCAGAAUUUAGUGGUUGAAGGACUACGAUGUGUAGUUUUGUCAAGAGACCUUUGCCACAAAUUUCUGCUACUGGCAGAAUCUAACACAGUGAGAGGAAUAGAAACCUGUGGAAUACUCUGUGGAAAACUGACACAUAAUGAAUUUACUAUUACCCACGUAAUCGUGCCAAAACAGUCUGCAGGACCAGACUACUGCGACGUGGAGAAUGUGGAAGAAUUAUUCAGGGUUCAGGAUCAACACGAUCUCCUCACUCUGGGUUGGAUCCAUUCUCACACAUCUGGGCCUGGUGUAGGGACAAGUCAUCCCACUGUCAUGGGAUGCUGGCCAAGAUAUCCAGGACACAUCGUGGGGACCUUCAGGAACCCCUGACGAAUGAUAAGUGACCAUUUUUUAUUUUACUUGCUUUAUAGAGAAGUACAGCGUAGGGGCAGGACACACACCCACACCCAUACUUACUUACACACACACACACACAUACACACAAUCACCAAGCAUAUGGUGUUCUCUAAUUUAAGAGGGUGGAGGAAACUUAACUCCCAGCUCCAUCUGUAAAUUACUGUGUGUCCUUGGUCAGGACUCCUAAACCUCCCUGUGUCCAGGUUCCCUCAUUGACCAGAUGAGGCUGAUACAAGCCUUCUCUCCCUCGCCUGAUGUGUGUGAGCUAUAAACAAGCUACCAGGUUUGAAAGCCUCUUGAAAAUUAUAAACUGUCUCUCAAAUACAAGAAAUUAUUUAUAAAGAAGAGUUUGCAAAACUUUCCAUCUCUCUCUCUAUUUGUUGUACUUAACAGUAAGUAAUGUCCCCUACUGUUUGCUUAGACAUUGCUGAAUUUUAAAGGCAUAGUUUAAUUUAACCUGAUUUUCUGUAACAAGAAUGUAUUUUAAAGCAAAAAAAUAAAUUGUAGCAAGGAAAUAGUAACAUAAACUUAGAAAAAAAUGACAGUUUGUUAAAUUUACUUACAUCAAAAAGUCAAUGUUAGUUUAGUUUUUCCCUUAUGACCUGUAUAUGUAAUGUAUGCAAUAAUGACAUUAAGUCAUUUAAAUAAUGACUUCAGCAUAAUUCUAGAAUUCCAGAAUUUUUCUUUUUGUUUAUUUCACCAUAUCAAAUUGUUGUGGUUCAAUGAUAACAUUAAAAUGUUACAUGUCUAAACUUCAAUGGUUGUAAUGACUUUUUGUGACGAGUUUUAUUGGCAUAAUAAUAACAACAAAUUCCAGAGCUAAUUUUUUUAGAUAUAAAUCAGUCACAGAAAAGACAGGCUGAAACAGAAUCAGACAGAUCUGGAUUUGAGUUUAAACUUCUCAGCUUAACUAGCUCUAUGACUCUUAGCUCAGUUUCCUUAUCUGCCAAAAUGGGGAUAAUGAUAGCACUUAUCUCGUUUUAAGAAUUAAGUGAGAUAAUUCAUGGGAAGUGAUUAAUUCAGUGCCUGACACAUGAUUUAGUUGCAAUAAAUGACAUCUACUGCUAAAAUCACCACUACCACCACCACCAUCAUCAUCAUCAUCAUCUUUAUUUCCUUAGAGGAGGUUGGGGCAAAGCACCAUUCUCCCAUGGGAGAGUCGUCCUCGUGGAUUAGAAGCGAUUCCUGUUGGCAGAAAUGAAGGGCUCAGAAUGCCUUGCGGCGUGUAUUCAGUCUGGAAGGAAAUUGACAGGCAUAGUGAUUUGUCUAUUUCACAAUCUGUUUGCUGCGUCCACAGCACCAGAGUUCCUUUGGACGUUUCUUCCUUUCUCACCAAGACAUAGAAGGCUCUAUGUACUAAGAGAAGGUUUUCAUGGAAUAGAUAAUGGGCAGUCAGACCCUCCCACUUAAGCCUUCAGUAAAGAUUUGGGUUUUAAAAAUUAGGAUAAUUUCCAUUCCUCAGUUGAUCUAUUGUAUGUCUUUGCAGACCAAGAGUUAUGUUUUCCUUGCAGAGCACUUAUCUUUCUGUAAAUAGAUAUUAACAGAUUUUAUCUUAUUCUAGUCAAAACAGUAGAAAGGAGUUUUAAAAUCUGACAUUUUUUUCAACAAACCAUGGUUAUAUGUAAAGGUGUGAAGCUAUUUCUAUGGGCUUGUGCCCUUUAAGUAAUAAUAAUGACAUGAAGAUAACAACAGCAAUAAUAGCAACUCAUAGUUUUCAUUUCUUACUAUGUGCUAAGCACUGUUCCAAGAAUUUUACGUUUUCAUAAUAAUCCCAUGAAGAAAACAAUUAUCCCUAUUUUGCAGUUGAUGAUAUGGGCAUGAAUUGGUUAGGGAAUCUUCAGUGUCAUAAAGCUAGUGAGUGAUGGAGGCAGGACCCAGACAGAGCAUGCCAGCGACCUUGGUUUCAUGAUUUAAAUGGUCAUAUUCCUUGUUCAAGUAUAAUCGGGGUUGACUGAAUUUUAAAAUCAUUAUGGGUGCAUGUGUUUUCAUAUUCAGGUAUGAGCCUCUGAUGUGUCUCUCAUAAAAACAAGUUUGUACAUAGCCAAAAUCUGGAAGAUAAUUCUUUUAAUUUAUAAUCUCCUCUUCCUGCUCAUCCUGAGGGUAUUUACUUGUGAUACAAGAUGAGUCCCAAACACCUUCAACAACUUGGAGAGUUUGAUUCUCUAUUUGUAGGGGAUGGUGAUCCGUAAAAGCAUCCACAGCCCCAUGUGGUAAAUUUAGUGAAACCUUUCCUUUUGUGACCAUGGUUUUGUAUAAAGGAUCACUGGGUUUCUAGUCACAGCUCUGCUUCUCAUCCGCUGUGUGACCACGGGCAAGUUACUUAAAGGAGCCCCAGCAUCCUUGUAUGUAAAAUUGAGAUAAUAUAAAUAUCUCCUAGAUGAGGUCUGAUGAUUAAAUGAGGAUCUAUUUAAAGCCUCUGGCAAAUUAAUUUCCAGUUCUGUCUUUCUGAAUAAGCAGAAGGGACAUGAACACUCCUAAGCACUUCUUCUCAAAGUCGUAGUUAUUCCAAAGAUGCAAAGAGUGAAGGAGUAUGUUAGCAAGACAGUUUUAAAAAUCCAUAUUUGAUUAAUGAUGGUAAAAGUGAAGAAAAAGCAAAUAACUAUACAGAAUGGGCUGUGGGCGUGGCUAAGACUCAUCUAUCUCAAUUAGAUUGUUCUCUUUUCU